AUGAAGAUUGAGAAGAUCCUUCGUUCGAUCACUUGCACUGAAAACCAUAAGGUAACGUAUACCGGUUACUUGCUAACUAGAGAAGCUGAAAAUUGGUGGACUUAUGCCAAGGAGAGACUACUUCAGACAAACCAAGCAAUCAAUUGGGCAGUAUUCAAAGGAGCAUUCAUGGAAAAGUAUUUUCCUGAGGAUGUAAAGAGGAGGAAGGAGGUCGAAUUCCUUGAGUUUAAACAAGGAACCAUGUCUGUUGGUCAGUAUGCAGCCAAGUUUGAGGAGUUGGCUCAAUUCCAUUCGUCUUACUGCGAUGUUGCAAAUGAGAACUCUAAAUGCAUCAAAUUUGAGAAUGGAUUAAGGCCUGAUAUAAAAGCUGCUAUUGGAUACCAACAGAUACGCAACUUCUAUGCGCUUGUGGAUAAGUGCAGAAUUUAUAAGAGGGACGACAAAGCGAAGGAGUAUCUGUAA